UCAGCUAAUACUAAUUACUGAAUACUGUAUCACGUCAAUCGGCAAUCGGCAUUGCAUUUUAUUAGAAAAUGUACAGGCUUAUUAUCAAUUUUUAUUUUUAGUUUCAUUCUUUAAAUAUAUUUUCUAUUUAAACUAAUUAGAAAUAUGUACCGACAAUAUUUGAUUAGUAAGAAAUAACUUAGAUACUUAAAGGUGACAAUGAAUAUUUUAUUUAGAACUGUAUUUAUACUAGUCGUCGCAGCCUUUAGAUUAGUGUUAAGUUUUUCUGAUGUUGGGAAAUGGGACCUCCAACUUGAUGGGGAAACCUGCAAUUUUACACUAGCCAAAUCCUUGUUUAAGGAUUCCAAAUUGAUAAUAGUAUUGCAUUGUGAGAUACCAGUGAAUUUAACAGUGGCAUAUGCAUGGAGGCAGACACCAUGUUCACCAGAUUAUUUCCACUUUUUUGAAAAGAGAAUUGUAGAUUGUUCGAAUACAGUUGAAAGGCCACUUUUUCAAAGCAACCACAGUACUACCCAAAUGAUAAAUGUAGUACAAACUGUAACAUGCGAUGGUAAAAAUCCUAUAUUUUUCUAUAAUGAAAAAGACAAAGCAUCAGAAACAUUGAAUACAAAGUCUUUAACACCAUCCCUACUAACGGUGGAGCGGGAGGGCAUAUAUGCUUUAACUAUGUCUGUGAGAAGCAACACCAAUUUCAAAGCAUCCAUACAUAUUGAAAUGGUGGCUCCCUCUGGCUAUCUGUCGGCUGCCAUCUGGCCACUUUUACCAUUUUUCGGCGUAAUGUGUGGCGUAUACGCACUUCUAUGCGCCGGGUGGCUGGCCGUUUGCGGGCUUCAGUGGAGAGAUCUCUUGCGCAUCCAAUACUGGAUCGGCGGAGUUGCGAUACUCGGGAUGGUCGAGAGCGCCACUUACUACGGAGUCUACUCGUCCAUCAAUAGCACCGGACAGUUCAGCCCCAACGCGUACAUGUUCGCGGAGUGGGUGUCGGUGGCGAAGCGGGCGUUGGCUCGGAUGCUCGUCAUUAUCGUGUCUCUGGGCUUCGGCAUCGUGAAGCCGCGGCUGGGGCCCGCCCUGCAGCGCGUGGUGGGAGCGGGGGCGUUGUGGGCCCUGUUAGGCGCCAUCGAGGCCUGGCUGCGGUUGCACCACAAGGCCGAAGACUCCAACCGCGACCUGCUGCUGUCCGAGGCGCCUCUCUCGCUUUUGGACAGCGCCAUCUGUUGGUGGGUCUUCGUCUCUCUGGCGCACACCAUGCGCACGCUGCAGCUGAGGAGAAACAAUAUAAAGCUCUCCCUGUAUCGUCACUUCACCAACACCCUGAUAUUCGCAGUCAUCGCGUCGGUCAUAUUCAUGCUGUACUCGCUCAAGUCGUAUCGCAUUCAGUUUUGUAUCACUGAGUGGAAGGAAGUAUGGAUGGACGAGGCCUAUUGGCACAUAUUAUUUGCAGGUGUACUCACCGUUAUUAUGGUUCUGUGGAGACCGACAAAUAAUAAUCAGAGAUAUGCCUUCACGCCUCUACUCGACAAUGCCGAGGAUGAUGAGGAAGAAGAAGAACAGUUCGUAAAUGACGCAUAUGGUGUGAAAAUGCGUGGGACAAGUAUUAGUGAGCCGGACAACCGGGAUCCUGAACCAAAUACAAUUUCGCUCGACUCAGACCUGAGAUGGGUUGAAGAAAACAUUCCAACAAGUACUCUGCCCUUACUGGAUUCGGAUGAGGAAAUUAUUAACACUAAGUUUGAAGUGUCAAAGAUGCAAUAAGUAUUAAACGAAUGCCAAUUCA